AUGAGAAUCAGCGCCAACGAUCCGGAACUUCAGAACCCUUCACGGGGACGCGUGUCUAGCCAGUCUUAUCAUUUACAUAUACCCAAAGGCCUCCUCGAUGGAAAGGGUGAUAUUGAUCGUGAUUCCGAUGAAGACAAAGGUGGUCCAUCAAAAACAUAUGCGGAGCGCCAGAAGGACGCGAUGGAGAGACUAUCCCGUCCUAAGCUACAGUGUUGUAUAUGCUUCGAGCGCUACGAGUCAAGCGACAUAAUUCGUUUGGAAUGUGGUGACCUCUACUGCACCGAUUGUCUCAAGAGUCUUUUCAUGAGAGCCACCAAGGACGAGCAAUUAUUUCCUCCGAGAUGCUGCCGUCAGCAUAUUCCCUUGUCCCUCAUAACGAAGCAGAUGACCACUGAGGAAAAGGAUGCAUUCCAGAGGGCAAAAAUUGAAUUUUCCACGAGCAACAGAACCUACUGCAGCAACACCGUUUGUGGCAGGUUUAUCAUCCCGAGCAACAUAUUCUCCGAGCAGGCGAAGUGUGAGUAUUGCGGCUCCUCGACCUGCGCAAUGUGCAAAAACCCCUUUCACUCAGAUGAUUGUCCAGAGGACGCCGCUCUUCAGGAAAUGCUAAAACUUUCCACAAGCCAAGGAUGGCAGCGUUGCCUCUCUUGCAAGGCAAUGGUUGAACUCACAGUAGGUUGCUACCACAUGACGUAUGACUUGCUCCCUCUCCUAGGCUCUUAG